CAUCUAAAUGGAACAAUAAUGAUGAUCAUCAUAUGGAUGAAGGUCAACAAACCGAUUCUUGUGAUGAUGAUGAUGAUCAAGAAGAAAUGAAUGAAAAUGAUGUAAAUGAUGAAUAUAAUCGAAGCAAUAGCAGCAGUAUCGACAGUAUUAAUGAUGAAACAAAUAUCUGUACAAGUUCACCAUUAAUUACCGGUUCAUCAUUUGAUUCAAUUAGUAAUUUAUCACCACCGAUUCCAUCAUUAUCAUCAUCAUCAUCAUCAUUGAAACCAACAACAACAACAACGUCAUCGAUGAUGAACAUUGAAACAGAUUCGUUCAGAAAUUCUUAUUCUAAUCGUCAUCAUCAUCAUCAUAGUAAUAAACAAUUUGUUAAAGAAUCAAAAAAACCAUCAACAUUUGAUUUAAAUCCUUUGAAUCCUAUUAUUUCUACAUCAUCAUCAGCAUCAACGACUGGUAUUAAUUCGGGUGUUAAUUUUGAUUUUAUCAUACCACCAUCAAUCAAUGGUGGUGGUCAAGAUAUGAUGAUGACCGGUGGUAAUCUUGGAACAACAACAACAACAACAACAUCAGCAAUGGCAACCGAUCUUUUUUUCUCAUAUCAACAACAAUUAUUAGCAGCUAGAAAUGCUGCUGCUGUUGCUGCAUUCGGAAAUACGGCUAAUCCAUUGACAAAUACAUUUUUAACAAAUGGUCAUCAACCUUCACAAUUUUCAACAACAACAACAACAACUAGUCCACUAUUUAAACCGAACAAUGUAUCAUCAUCAUCAAUAGCAGCAGCUUCUUUGGUUACUAGUUAUAUGCAAAAUAGCCUAUUACAUUCAAUGGCUGCUGUUGGUCAAUUAAAUCCAUUGAAUUUAACAUUUUCAACACCAAUAACAUCGAUAACAUCAUCACCAUCAUCAUCGUCGAUCAACAGUGGUCAUAAUUCACAAAUACAAACAAAUUUGACAGAAACAACGACUUUAAAUCCAUCGAUUUCGGAAAACAACAAUAAUAAUCAUAUGAUGCAUCGUACGAAUCAUGUUGAAUCAAUCAAACAACAACAGAAUCAAUAUCCUCAACCAAAAUUUUCGAAAUCAUCUGCUGCGGCUGCUGCUGGUGAAUCUCCUGGUGAGCCAAUCGGUUCUUCAUCGGCUACAAAAUCUUCAAAUAACGAUAAUGCAAAUGAUGGAAGUAGUAAUAAUAAUGGUAAUGGCAAACAAUCAAAACCAACAAAUCCAUCAAAUCUUUUAUGUGUUGUUUGUGGUGAUCUAAGCAGUGGUAAACAUUAUGGUAUAUUAGCAUGUAAUGGUUGUUCCGGUUUUUUUAAACGUAGUGUUCGACGUAAACUUAUUUAUCGAUGUCAAGCUGGUACCGGUAAUUGUAUUAUUGAUAAACAACAUCGAAAUCAAUGUCAAGCUUGUCGAUUAAAAAAAUGUAUUUCAAUGGGCAUGAAUAAAGAUGCUGUACAAAAUGAAAGACAACCACGAAAUACGGCUACAAUAAGACCUGAAGUUUUACUGACAGAUUCAAAUUCCGAAAGAUUAUUACGUGAAGGUGUUGCAGCAACAGUAGCUGCAGUAUUUGGUUUAAGUAAUUGUACUGGUGGUGGUCAGGGUAAACAUCGUCAUCAUGAUUAUCAUCAUCAAGAUCAUGGAUGGCGAUCGAUAAAUGAAAAACGAUCAUCAACAACAACGCUGAGAGGAUCAAAAAAUCAACAAAAUGGACAUCAUCAACAGAAUAAAUGUUCCACUGUUUAUCAUCAUAAUAAUAAAGAAAGUCGAAAUAGUGGUUCAUUGAAAAAUAAUAAUGAUUCAAACAAACCGGAAUCGUUGGCAGAUUCAACAAAUUUUCGUUCAAAUUUUGGUUCAUAUUUAAUGAAUUCAUCCGAUUCUAGUCAAUAUUUAGGUCUUUCCGAUCUAUUAACACCAUCAUCAUCUUCUUCGUCGAUGUCUUCGUCAUCGUUCAUUUUAUUAAAUCCAGAUUCAUUUUAUGAAAUAUCUGCCGGUCUUUUAUUUACCGGUGUAAAAUGGAUAAAAAAUUUACCAUCAUUUGCUAGUCUUGGUUUUCGUGAUCAAAUUGUUUUAUUGGAAGAAUCAUGGACCGAAAUAUUCAUCUUGAAUGCUAUACAAUGGAGUUUACCAUUAGAUAAAUGUUCAAUAUUUUUAUCACAAAAUAUACCAAAUGGUAAUGAUUAUUUACCAGAAAUUCGUGUCCUAAAUGAUAUGUUUGAAAGAUUUCGUUCAAUGGCAAUAACAUCGACAGAAUUUUCCUGUUUAAAAGCAUUGGCUUUAUUUAAACCAGAAGCAAGAGGUCUAAAGGAUGUAACAAAAAUUGAACAGAUGCAGGAUCAAUUACAAUCAAUGCUAUUACAACAACAGCAACAACAACAACAAAUGAAGAAUCAAAAUCCGGACACCAUCACUACUACCACCAAUCCGAUUAGAUUUGGUAAAUUACUUUUACUAUUAUUAUCAUUGAAAAUUAUUCCGGCUGAAAAGAUAGCAUCAAUUUAUUUUAAAAAAGCUAUUGGUAACACGACAAUUGAAAAAUUAUUAUGCGAAAUGUUUAAAUGUUAAAAGAUAUGAGAAUUUCUUUCUUUCAUGUAUCGAGAACAAUGGGAAAACCAGAAACCAGAAAAAAAC